GAGAUUUCCUCUUUUUUUGCAAAUUACUUUCCCUUUCCCUGAAGUUCAUGGAUGAACAUUCAAAACUUUUAAAAAAUGUUUUGCAGGCGGGCUUUCUAAAAACACCAGGGUAGUAUUUGAGCACUAUAUUAAAUUGGUAGAAUGAAAGCCAUUGCUUUCAUAAAAUAAAAUAUACACGUAACACAUCACCAAGAGGCAUUAAGCAUUAAGCCAGAGUUUAAUAAAGGCCUUUAAAACUUUAGUAAGGAGUGCCUGAAAAGUUUUUUUUUUUAAUCUUUUCAUGACAAAAUAUAAAACGUCUUAAUGAGAUGAGAGGAAAGCUUUAACUCUUACUCCCCCUGGUGUUGGUUAAGACUCCAAACCUACAGCAAGCCCUCAUGUUGGAACAGGAAGUAUUGCUCCGAGCAGGGCCGGAUUAACGCACAGACUAGUUAUUGCUGCAGCCUAGGGCCCCCCCACCUGCCAGGGGGCCCCUGACUGGCCAAAAGUAAAAAACUGCAGAAUUGUGACAAGGUGCAAUUUUGAAAAAUGAAUCUGUAAUGUUGUGUACAGUUUUAAACCUUGUUAAUACGCCUCUCCACAGCUGGCAAACAUGUUAUCCUUAAAUCCUAGUUUUAAAUUAUGACUUUGUUUAUGCAAUUCCGUCAUGAAAUUUGCUUUCCAGGGGGGCCCACAGUAACAUGUAGCCUAGGGGCCCCAGGCCAUCUUAAUCCGGCCCUGGCUCUGAGUACAGGCAGGCAGGCAGGGGUGUGUUACCAUUCCACAGAGGAGGGGAGCGAGGGAGGGUGUGAAAGAGAAAGAAGGGGAAAAAAAGGGAUACAUAUACUGAUGUCACACAGUAGGAGGAGCAUAUGGCUCUCUGAGGAGACCGAGAAGGAGGGGAGGGGAAAGAGCCAGCGCAAGGAAAAGGAAGCUUUUUUUUCCUCGAUGCAUUUUGACGGUCUAUAUUAAAACAAAACAACCACAAAGGCAAAGUAGAUAGCGAAGAGAUGAAAGUGCUUCUGACUAGUUGAGUUGCCGACGAAGACAGAUAAACAGAGCAACGCAAGGGCCAGAACUCGACUCUUCCAGAGUUGCACGACUGAUGACAGCAUUAAAAAUUGACACUGUGUGAAAGCCUGGGGCCUGUUGACAGGGGAGAGCAGCACAAGAAUGACCUCAGAACUCGACUCCAGUCUGACCAGCAUAGACUGGCUUCCCCAACUGGGCAUAAGCUCUCUGCGAUCGGGCAAACAGCGUGUCGAGAGGGAGAAGAGGAAAGAGCGAGGGAGAGAGAGGGAUGCUCCUCCGAGUAUCCCCUCGUCUCCAUCCCAGCCAUCCAACUGCAAGGGGAAGCCUCCGCACAGCUACGCCACACUCAUCGCCAUGGCAAUCCGUGCAUCCCCUGAGGGAAAGCUUAGUUUAAAUGACAUCUACACAUGGAUCAGUGAUACCUUCCCAUACUACAGCAGGGCAGGAAGGGGCUGGAAGAACUCUAUUAGACACAACCUGUCUCUGAACAAGUGCUUCCGAAAAGUUCCACGGCCCCAGAGUGAUCCAGGAAAGGGUUCUUACUGGACAAUGGAUGGGCCCCCAGACGCCCAGGAGUCUAGAGGAACAAAGCGUCCAUACCCCUCAGAUGCAGAGGUCCCGGUUAGUCAUAAGCUGCCAGGUGAUGACGUUAAGCCAACGACUCAGUCUGAGUGUGUUCUCACAAACCCUGCCCAGAAGAACGUGAUGUCUCCACCACCCUUCAAGCAACGUGCACCCCCCGUGGUGUUGCCACCGGCUCCGCUUCCGGUGCUUUCUGUGAACGAUCCCUCCCUACGCUUCUCCUUCACGGAUCUGAACCUGCCGGACCUGUAUGCCUCUUUCCAAUCCCUCUGCAAGACUAUGAGAGACAGGGUCACCUCACAAUCGGACGGUCUGGCUUCAUUUGGGAUGAAUGACAGUGCCCCAUUGCACACUCCAACUCUCCUGCCACUCUCCCCCCAACCCUGUCCACAACCCUGUCCACAACCCUGUCAAAAUCCAAACCCUGUGCUGGAACGACCAACACAAAAUGCUGGUUCGUCACUGCCGUAUUCUUCUGCAGCCAUUCCCCCGGAUUGGUUAAGCAACCCUGAUUCUCUGAAAGAGAGUUUCAGGAUCGCCAACAGUUUAGACUGGUCUAGUAUUGACAUCUCCAGCCACCCUGAUCUUGUCGAGAGCAUGAGGCAGGCAGAGCUCUGUGACUGGGCCCUGGAUCCCAACCUCUUCACGUCCCUGUGCGACUCUCUGAACCGCUUCUUCACCCAGAAGGGCCUGAUAGGAUCUCCCUCGGGCAGCCCUUCCUCGUUGGUUCCUCCGGCCACCAUUCCUCCAUCUUUCCUGCCCACUCACGCUCCCCCGCCUACGCUGGCCAGCCUGACUAACCCCUCUCCGCUGGCCUACCCGUCCAUCAGUGGGCCAGGUCUCCAGGGGGCCAGGAGGAGCCUCAACCACCCCCAGAGCCAAACUCCUCAGCCCUUCCAGAGGCAGCAGGCCUUCCAGCCUCCUCAGCAGGCCACCAACCAGCACAUGUCACCAAAGGCUGUCCACUCCCCAAACAUGAUUCGACCACCAAUGAAGCACACCAACAGCGAAGAGAUUCAAGAUGACUUUGACUGGGAUUCACUGAUUGUGUGAGAUUUCUUAUGUACUGUAAGUGACUGUGGGAGCAGAGACCAACAGGAAAGGUUCAACUGUCAUGCAAGGAGAUUCAAACUUGACCAAGAAACGGCUAAAUUCGUGAAACCACCUCCUACAGUUUGGAAAAACUUAAUGGAAUCCACUUGAGAUAAUGCAUGGGGCUAAACAACUGACUAAAAUGUGCUGAAAAGCAUGAUAUUUUUACUCAUUUCAAAACAAUAAUUGUAUGACUUUUCAAUUAUUUCUUUCUUCAGAAGUUCAAAUUUCAUAGCGACAUGAAAUGGCUAAAUGCAUUUUUGUGAUAAAUGCUUUUCCACUAUCUUCAUUCUUAUAUAUUUUCAAGUUUGUGAGUGCUAGUACAUUAAUAAAAUGUACAAUUUGUCUGAUUCCUUGGUAUAGUGUGAUUGUGAUUUCACAUCAAUGCAGAAUGGGUACGAUGAAGGGCCAUCAUCAAACUUUAAUGACCUGGUUGAGAAUAAAGGGUAUUCUAUGUGUGAAAAGUCACACUUAUUAAUCAUUAACAACAAUGUCACUGUAGUAACAAGCACAAAAUGCCAGAGCUUUUUCUAAAUUAAAAUACCCCAAAAAGUACAACAAAAUGUUACGUGGUGUAUACUUCUCUAACAAGAAAUUAGUGGAGCUUUAAUUUUUUUUGUUUUGGUAUUAACGUUAACAGGCCACAAGAAUGGCUAAGUGCUUAUCUUCUACAAGUGCUUCUGAGACACUCAAGCCAUUUUAGUGUUGGCCUUUUAAGGUAAUGCUGGUUCAACGAAAGUGUCCCAUUUACUUACUUUAAAAUCUCUCCUAACAGGUUCUUCUGCCUUCUUCUAUUCUGCCCAAACAAGGCGCAAUGUUGCAACUUUGAAAAUGUUAGUGCCUUUUCAGGCUUGUUUAAGUUAAUGUUUAAGUCAAGGCCUACGGUAGUUUACUUUCAUUUUCAUUUUUCUUUGUGUUUCAACUUUAACCCAUUUUAGCCUGAUGACUCGUAUAUGUUGUUUGACCUUUGGUGCCUGGAGACAUAUUCGCAUUCAGGCACUUGAGAUUUUAGCUUUUUAAAUAAAAAUGUGAGUAUGUUACAGCUGAAUGAACACAUUCUAAUGCAAGAU